AUGAACCGGGAGGUUGAAUUAUGGAAUCCCGAUACUGUGGAUAUCAGCGGCGACGACGAAGAAGACGAUGACGAGGAUAUUGCCUAUGACGACGAUGAGGACGAAUUUGGACUACCCAGCAUUACCAGCAUGCGAAAAAAGCAGAGCAAGAGUGCCAAUUCGACCCGAGGCAGAUCCGGUGAUCUGAGCAGUAUCGCACGUGGUAGUACUUCAAGCCUGGGAGUCAACCAAGGAAGCAAUAGACGACGCGCAAAUAGUUCAGAUAUCGCCGAGGAGCGCGGGUCGUCUAUGUAUCCAAUAGCGAAGAAUAAUGAAGGAAAGAUCCUACGUCCCCAGUAUAAGGACAUCCUGAGAGAUCCUGCCAAUGUCUUGAAUCUCAUUAAUCAUGCGCCACCUCCGAAGAAUGCGACUCCGAAGGAGAUGGACAUGUAUUCGAGUCGCAUUUCGAGAAUCAAUAAGUUCAAGCGUCUGCUCCAGACAAGCACCGUUUCUUUACCAGAAUUGAGGAAUCUCGCAUGGUCUGGAAUUCCACCUGAAGUCCGUGCCAUGACUUGGCAAAUUCUGCUUGGUUAUCUUCCUACCAACAGCGAACGACGUGUGUCGACACUAGAGAGGAAACGCAAGGAGUAUCUGGACGGUGUUCGACAGGCCUUCGAGCGUAGCACCGCCCCUGGAAAUUCGUCGGCUUCUACAGGCCGCGGUAGAGGCUUAGAUGAGGCGAUCUGGCAUCAGAUUAGUAUCGACGUUCCUCGUACCAGCCCUCAUAUCCAACUCUACGGCUACGAAGCUACCCAGCGCUCAUUGGAGAGAAUUCUCUACGUUUGGGCGAUUCGACAUCCCGCUAGCGGUUAUGUACAAGGAAUCAACGACCUUGUCACACCAUUUUGGCAGGUCUUUCUUGGUCUUUAUGUCACGGAUCUCAAUGUAGAAGAGGGCAUGGAUCCGGGUCAAUUGCCCCGAAGUGUGCUUGACGCCGUGGAGGCCGAUUCAUUUUGGUGCCUGACCAAACUUCUUGACGGUAUCCAGGAUAAUUAUAUAUACGCCCAACCAGGUAUACACAGGCAAGUGAGAGCUUUGCGCGACUUAACGAUGCGUAUUGAUUCCACUCUUGCAAAACAUCUUGAGAAUGAAGGAGUCGAGUUCAUGCAAUUCAGCUUUCGAUGGAUGAACUGCUUGCUCAUGCGGGAGAUGAGUGUCCAAAAUACCAUUCGGAUGUGGGACACCUACAUGGCUGAGGAGCAGGGGUUUUCACGCUUCCACCUGUAUGUCUGCGCUGCGUUCCUUGUCAAGUGGACAGAGCAGUUGGUCAAAAUGGACUUUCAGGAAAUUUUGAUGUUUUUGCAGGCACUCCCAACACGAGAUUGGACCGAGAAGGAUAUUGAGCUCUUGCUUAGCGAAGCAUUCAUCUGGCAGAGUCUAUUCCAGGAUUCCCGGGCCCAUCUUCGCCCGGCUGAUCAACCCUACGUUUGGGGCAUGGGUUCCGGCUCGAUUCUCUUCAUCGGUACCACCUGA